CUCCAUCUCCGAUCCAGCCAUCCACACCCUCCCAGAGUCCAGCAAAUCAACAAGCAGGAAUGCAGGGCGCGACGCAGCUUAUGACCAUCGCCGGGCGGCUGGUCGGCGAGGAGUACCAGCAGCUCCGCCGCGUUGGUGGAAAGGUGGCUGAGCUCAGCGACGAGCUGGACACCAUGAACGCCAUCCUCCGCAUGCUGUCCGACGCCGACGAGAGCGCCGUGGACCACUUCAUCCGGGUGUGGAUGAAGCAGGUGCAGGAGCUCGCCUACGACGCGGAGGACUGCGUGCACCUCUACAUCUUCCGCAUCCGGUGCCGGCGGAGAGACGGCCUCCUUGUCUGGUCCAAAACCAAACGUAUUGUCGCGACACUCUUCCCUCGUCGCCGACUGGCUCGUCAGAUCAAUGCGCUCCGCGCUCGUGCCGUCGUGAUCAGCGAGCGCCAUGCGCGUUACGGUGUCAGCCGUGAGGCACUGCUGCGAAUCACCACUUCUUCUUUAGCUGCUCCCGCGCCAGUGUCUGGUCAUGCGCUCGGCCGGCCGGCAGCAAACGACCCUCACCAUCUCGUUGGCAUCACGGAUCAGGCUAACACCCUGGCCGACAUGGUGAAGUCAAUGAGUAACAACGAGCGCGACAUGAAGCUCAAGGUGUUCUCUAUCGUGGGGUUUGGAGGGCUAGGGAAGACUACGCUGGCGAUGGAGGUGUGCCGGCACCUGGAGGCGGAUUUUCAACGCCAAGCGCAAGUGUCAGUGUCCCAGGCGUUCGGCGGCAGGAAGGAUAUGGAGGGAUUGCUGAAGCGUGUGCUUCAGCAGAUCGUGAAGCCAAAAGCAGAUAACGCACAAGGCAUCAAGGAAGAGGACCCCCUAGAUGGCAUCGACACUAUGGGGGUAGACGAGCUCACCGGCAAGCUCGAGGAACUUCUCAUGGACACGAGUUCUCAAGUUAAUCAAUGGAAGAACAAGAAAUGUGCCUCUCGUCUGGUGGAGUAAAUAAAUAGCAUAAAACUACUACAAUAUGGGCUCCCCCGCCCCCGCCCCCGCGUCGCUCCAACAGGGGCGCCUAGCCGCCGCCGGCGGUCCCCCUCCCCCUUCCUCUCCUCCUCGUCGCCACUAGAGGAGCCGCCGAUGUGUCGCACGGCUGCCGAGGAAGGUGGCGGCGAGGCCUUCACCGUCCCUUCGCGGAGAUCUGGAUCCACGGGGCGGCGGCCCCUGCUAGUUCAGCGCCGCCGUUCGCGCUCUGGACGGUGUGCGCGGGGACUCUGCCCGGCGUCCUCGACCGCUCGGGUGGUGGGGAAUCGGCGCUUGGCGGCGGCAGUUCGGGGGCCUUCGUCCUCGCCAGAUCUGGAGGCCUGCUACUCCCUCCUUCCCGCUCCUUCCCCUUUGUGCUUGUGGCCGGUGGAUGCUGCUGGUUCCGGUGCUUCUGGGGAUGGUGGUUCAGAUUGGGACCGGGGGAAACCCUAGGCCGGCUGGUUUGGCUUGACAGCGGCGUCGGUUUCGGGCGACGCAUCCUUCCUGAAAGCGGUGUCGUGGUCCUUAUUCUUGUCACCUCCGGUCCUCUCCCGGGUGAAAACCCAAAAUCCGGUCUGGAUUGGGCAGCGGUGGCGCCAUGGGCGUCAUCCCCUCCUUGGAGGCGUUGCCUGGGGAGCUAGGAUUCGGGUGUGGGCUCAUGAAGGUGGGGGCUUUGGCUGCCGGCUGGAUUUCUGCAGCUGCUCGCGGCGGCUUUCUUGUUGUGCAGAGUGCCCCUUGUAUCUUUAGGGUGUUUCCUGCUUUUGGUGUUCGCGUCGGAGGAGCGGCGUGGCAUCUGGUACGUCGACAACGGCGAGUCUCGGCGGCCUGGAGCAGUAGGGGUAUCGCCGGUGGGCAUGUGAUGAUGGACGAGCGCAGGAUGGUGGCGCUGUCUGGCGUCGUGGUGGCGUCGAUGGCAGAGAGGCCUGGCACGGUUCAUGCAAUAGUACAGCUCUGAAGAUGGAUUGAUGGUACGUGGCUGCGGCGGCCUCAUACCCGGCAGAGGGCCUGGUUGAAGAGCACGCCGGACUGGUGGGUGCCCAUACCCGGAAGGAGUCCUGGUUGGGACCUCAGGUCUCAGACGUUAGGUUUGGCUGCGAGGUCUGUUUGGUAUUAGGCCCAGACCAUUAGCGCCCCUUCAUCAGUUAGAUAGGAGUAGCGACAGAGGUUGCGAAGAUGGUGGCUUUGGUCUUACUGUUGUACGACUUUGUAAGGUCUUGUGUUAUAAUCAAUAAAGUGGCCGUAUGCAUUGUCCAGAUGCAGAGGCCGGGGGUAUUCCUCCUUUUCGAAAAACAGAAAAAAAACUACAAUACGGGCUAAGGUUUCAAAAAAUAUCGUUUUUUAAUUUCUCUCGGAUAACUACCAGGUGAGAGGUUGGUUGUUUCAAAAAUCCCUAAUCAUAGAGUGCUUUAGAAUUGAUCGCGAUUAUGACAAUUGGGACCCGCAUGUAAAAAACAUGUUUGUUUGACUAUUACCUUACAUGUGGGGCCCAAAUGUCAGUGUCCCUUUGUCAUAUCCUAAUAAAAUAUCUGUUCUUUUAUACAUUGACAGAUAACCCUUGUAAAUUUCAAAAAAAAAACCGGUCCCUUAAUGUUUUUAGAACAAGCAACCGGGCUCUUGAGGAUCAUUCGCGUGCGCCCUGAGAAACGGCACCGGCAGCUCGCCAGUGGCCAGGUCGCCGGCCAGGAGAAAGGAGGCAGCUCGGCCACCGCGUUCCUCGGCGCAAGGUGGGCGAUAGACUGGGUGGCAGAGGUCCCUGCCGACCAUUGUCGCUUCUCCUGGCCAUGGCGUGCGGUGGCCGUGCUCCUGUGCGCGGCAGCCUGAGUCCCUGGCCAUGGCACGGCUGGCGGCGUCCCUUGCUCCUAGGCGCUGCGUCCUGGCCAUGGCACACGGAUGGUAGUGGCCCGUGCUCCUAUGCUGCAACUGCUCCUUCGUGCGGCCUUCGUUCCCACGGUCGACCUUGUCUAAGCAUGCGACGAAUGGUAGAGGUGGCCGUCGGUGGGUGGGGAUAGUCAGGCAGGGGGAGAGGAAGAAGAAAGAGCCAGAGGAGAGAAGAGAAGAUAGAGGAAGAAGAGACAACUUACACGUGGGUCCCACAUGUAAGGUAACGGUCAAACAAACGGAUUGUUUAAAAGUAGACCUGACCUGUCAUAAAACGGUUGAAAUCGCUAGCAACGAGUGUUUUGGAUUUUUUUAAAACAGCCAACCCUAACUUGAUAGUUAUCAGCAUAGUUUUGUGGAACCAUAGCGAAUUGUAGUGGUUUUAUACUAUUUACUUCAUCCGGUGGGAUCUACAUUCGAGUAAAGAUUAACCCCGGCUAACUAGAAAAAAAAAUGAAGUAGAUUGCCUACUCAGUUUGAUAGGACCAAUCUAUUCAAAUUUAUCACAUGUUCAAGAUAAUGGUACUCUCUCCGUACCAUCAUUUUGGCACUAGAUUUGCUCGACAGACGAUCCCAAAUCACCCCCCUGAAGUGAAAGGUGAGCUCUCGCAAGAAUGCCAACUUUAUCAAUGGAUCCGAGUACCUCGGAGUAUUGUUUUUUACUGGAGGUGCUUCCGGGCCCCAUUCAAAAGAUUGAAAAGGGUAUUUUGAUCCAUCUACGUAAAUUAAUAGAGUUAUUAAGAAACUAAUCUUUUAAUCGAUGCGGUGAUUAAUUAAGGGAGGAUCGGCACGAGCGCUUGGGCGCUUGGACGCGGACGCCUUGGGCGUAGUACGCGUCCGACAGUUCCUCGAAGAGCUCCGGGGGUCAAUUGAAUCAUAGCCAGUUUCUCUUACUCUUUAUAGCAUCUACAGCGGAACGCCUCAAACCUAUCUUAUACUUUUGGACGGGUCGUCCAAUAACUAUUUGGUCACGAUUUUUUGACCAAGACGACCUCUCAAAUGGCCCUCAAAUGACAGUUCCUGGAAGAGCUCCGGCAGUCAAUUGAAUCAUAGCCAGGUUCUUUUACUCUUUAGAGCAUCUACAACCAGGCGUCUCAAACCCGUCUCAUACGUUUGGAUGGGCCGCCCGAUCACUGUCCGGUUACGAUUUUUUGACCCAGACGGCCCCUUAAAUGGCCCUCAAACGCCUGGGCUGACCGGCACCCUCAUAUUCAGCCUAAAUAUGAGGCAGAUAUGGGGGCGCCCGGCACGCCCGCCACGUCGGAUCCGGCCCGUGCUGGCCCACUUGACCCCACAUAAAAUCCUCCUCAUCCGCUCGUCGGAUCAAACCCUAGCCACUUCACUCCCCUCCACUCCACUCUCCUCCGCUACCCAAGCUCGUCUCCGGCAUGGCAGGCAGUGGAUCCGAGUUCUUCACCUCCAGAUCCGUCGACCCCGAGGUCAUCCCACGCGGCCCGGAGGAGGAGAUGGUCAUCCGGCUUGCGCUCCGCCGUGCCCGGGAGGAGGCCCGUGGACAGCUGCGCUCGGACUUCAUCCAUCGGGAAUCCAUUACGUCCGCCCAAAUGGGGCAUGUAUCCGGCGCUAGGCCGGCCGUAGCUGCCCCGCCGGAGGCCGUGCAGUCCAUCUGGCAUCCGAAACACGCUGGCAGACGCGCAACCCCUCCGGUGACGCGCCGAUAUUAGGGACGCACCAUCGUCCCACGAGGCUAUGGCGGACGUUGGCGCAUCAGUCCGGACGCUGCAACCGCAUCGUGGUGGACGUCUGCGGCUCAUCCCCGGAGGGAUCCAUCAUUGAUCUGACAUCCACCGGCACCGUUUGGGUUCCGGUCUCCGAUGAGGAAGAGUAGGGCAUGGGAGACGGCGGCGCCUUGAGUCCCGUGAGCCGGCUCGUGUCCCAUGCCCUACCUUACCUUACCGACGAUCGGACCAACACUCUGAGGGGCGCAGGCAGCCGACGGACAUGGCCAGGGCGGGAGGGAGCGGAACCGAUUGAAGCUCCCGUCAAAGAUGGUUGCGUCGUAUGUAAUAAUAUGGAUUUGAGGUUUCUAAUUUGAGGUAUCCGGAUGUGAAAUGUGUUUUUUGAAGGGUGACCGAUCACUAGCCGUGGACGCGUCUGGGCGCAUCUGCAGGCGUUUGAGGAGUCAGAUUUACCAUGUCCGGCUAUAGAUGCUCUUAUGUUUUCGUUCCCAGCCAACCGUCUCAUGAAAAGUCGAGCAGGAGCAAUCUAUUUUUACGGUAAAUUCCUCUUAGAAUAGCAUAUCACUCUUUAUAGGUUUAGUAUAUUGCUAUCUUGAGCCUAAUGAGUGUAAUACCUAAAGCGAGUAAUAGAGAGGAAAGACGACACGGGCUUUUGGCAUUUUUUGGUCUGUGUAACUACCGAACUUGGAUAUUCGCAUCAUGCACUACCGAAACAACCCAUGAUGCCGACGGCCUGCGGCAGUCGGCAUACACCCCUUUACCAUCGGCAUAGGCAUAAGCCGAUGGCAGCCAUCGGCUUAGACCCGUCGACAUAGAUUACGUCAGCGUAGUCUUGUCAGACCGUCGGCAUAGAUAUGCCAUCGGCAUAGAGACCUUUGCCGAUGCCUUCCGUACAGUCGUCGGUAUAGAUUGACUGUCGGCGCCGAUUUUCAUGAGACAGCAGUUGAUGGCACCAUCACCGCGACAGCCCUAUCACAAGAGGCCACGUGUCAAGGCUAAGUCGACGGCUCUGGCAGAGAUGUAAGCUGACGGCUUGGCCGUCUAGGCCGUCGGCUUAGCCCUGACACAUGGCGGCACCUGGUUCACUUGGGCAUGGCUAUGCCGUCGGUAUAGUGAUGUUAUUUUUUUAACAUGCUCUGUUUUUGCCAUUUUCAGUCAAAUUCACAGAAACAAUAUAUAGACAGAAAUAUGACAGAUCACCCAACAGCAUCAUUUAAAGAUCAUCAACAUCAUCAUCAUCUAAAGAUCAACAUCAUCAUCAGCGAAACUUCAUGAACAUAAGUAUGAGACACGGACAUCAUUGUAGUCAUCUAAAGCUAGGAACUACGGAACAUGGAAGUAUGGCACGACAUGCAUGGAACAAAACAUCAGCCAAGACGGGUAUCGUCGUCGUGAGCACCGCCAAGACCAGCACCACCUUGCUAGAUCGAAGUGACUGGAGUCGAACCACCGGUCCCCUACAUGUUUGAAAAGAGAUUGUAAGGGUAAAUAUGAUAUGAUAGUGUUGAAUGAACGAGAACUAGUUUGUCAGUAGUUAGGCAAAUGUACUAACCGAAGUCUCACUGCCUAGUGCCACCCAUUCCUCGAACAUGGAUAUGUGUGGGGGUUCUCCAGUAGGUGGUGGCGUGGGUCCCAUUUGUGGUGGAUCUGUGCGGUUAGUCCAAUACACCAACAUAGCAUGGAUGUUAGUUAAUCAAGCAAACUAGAAGGUCAGAAGAAAUGCAAGUGUAGAUGUUAGCUUGGUCUAAGAGGGCAAAACUAACCGCCAUCAUCUGACGGUUGUAAUCCUCGAUUGCCUUCACUCAUUGCAGAUACUCCCGCACCUCCAGAUUCCUAAGCUCGACAAAGGCCUUAUAUGCCUACAAAAUUUAGGUUGUAUCUAAGUGAUCAAUGCUGAAAAUAAAGUGAGAAAGUGAGAAAGAAAGAAGAUAAGGGGGAAAUACUUACAGCAUGUUGGCGGGCUAAGAGAGGCUGCGAACGCCCCGUACUCUCGC